CCCCUGUAUGAUGGAAGAAGAAGUGUGGUGACAAUGUGCGUCCCGGAGAUGCGGCUAUAAAGCUCGUGACGCGAUACCUGUACCUCUGAUCCACUUUCUUACCUGUAUGUGCUGCCUCAGCUGCUACUACAGAACAGAGCAACAGAACAAGCAAACUUCCUAAUAAGGAUUUACCACCCAAUUCAGUUUAAAUGAUGGUGGAUUGGCUUUAUGCGAGUCUGCAGCUCAUCACAUUAGACUUUUGGGAUUUGAACGCAAUGGAGGGAGUCACUACACCAGACAUCAAACGCAGGAUAACAGUGUCUAUGCGUGUUUAUUUAAUCAUUCUUGUUAACACAGAAUUAGGCUUUGAUGGUUCGUUUUUUCUACCGGAAUUGUACCCUUUGGCAGUAAGGGGGGAGUGACAGUAAGUUUGUAUGUGUCUGUGACAGAGAAAGGAGAAGCUGAAUAUUUGUGUAAUGGGAGACGUAAAUGUAAAGAAAUCAGCCGCAUGCAGACCUGCUGAACGUGAUUGUUUACGGUUGAACCAGCCUGGGGUGAUAUUUUUAAAAUGUCCCUUUCGAUGAAAUUACACUCAUAAAUAACACUCAAAAACAGAUAUAGAGUUCACUGCAACGAAACAAUGGAGCCCCCUUGACAGGCUGCUUUGAAAGUCAGUGUCUGUGUGGUAUUUUUGGCAGGUGUGAUGUCGGUGCAGUGGUAUCCUGUUUGUACCCAAACCUGCAGUUAACGCCAGUGUUACUAAAUUUUAAAAAAAUCCCGUACUACCUGUGAAAACGAUGAGAUAUCAGAAGGCGGGCUUCACUCCAUUUGAAGGCAGCGCGGAGAGGAGCAGCGUCGGACGGGAAUGAUCCGAAAUUGCGGAAAAAGUCGCACUUUCGGACGCAGCGUCUUCCGCGGAUCAGUCCGGAUCGAGAGCUUCAGCGCAGAUCACCGGCUUAGAAGAGCUCUGGUGAUUCUCACUACGAUCAGAUGACACUAACACGUGCUGACAUAUCUCACUGGCUCCACUCCAAAAUUAACACCAGAUUACACUUUGCAGACUGAAGUGACUUAAUGUUAAUAAGUCGCGCUGACAGCGCUUCUUUGCCUUCGUAUAGAGCUGCGGUGUUUUUAUGCAAAAUGAGAUCAAAAGAUAUACUCUUACUCUUACUAGCUGGGGUGUUAACUGCCUACUAUGUUUACAUACCUAUUCCGGAUGAAAUUGAAGAGAAAUGGAAACUGAUGAUCACAGAUUGUUUCUUCCGGAGCCUCAUCCAUCUGGCAGAAUUCAGUGAUCUUCUAGGUUUGAAAGACUAUAUGUGGGUAAUGAUGCUCAUUACUGUGCUGGAACGGACAGUACCUGUGUCCGACAAGCAUGUACAUGUUACAGAGGAGGUAUUUGACGGGGUGCAGGUGAUUGUAUAUGAGCCGAGCCAGCAGGGCGGCGAUGGAGAGCUGAGGAGAGCAGUAAUCUACUUGCAUGGGGGAGGCUGGUGUCUGGGUAGUGCCAUGAUGGGACCCUAUGAUCUUCUCUCGAGGCAGACGGUCCAGGAGCUCAACGCUGUUGUGGUAUCCGUGGAGUAUCGACUGGCCCCCCCACACCAUUUUCCCAUCCCCUUCCUGGAUGUGUACCGGGGGGUGAAGCACUUCUUCCAGGGAGCUGUCUUGGCCCGCUACAGGGUGGACGCGAGGCGCGUGGCUGUGUCAGGGGACAGCGCUGGUGGUAACUUGGCUGCGGCCAUCGCGCAGCAGCUGCAGCAGGAUGCGGAGCAGUCGGUGCAGCUGAAGGCGCAGGCCCUGCUCUACCCUGUGAUGCAGGCGCUGGACCUCAACACACCCUCCUACCAGCAGAACGAGCACAUGCCCAUUCUGCCCAAGAAGCUGAUGGUGCGUUUCUGGAGCGAAUACUUCACCAGCGACCGUACCCUGCUGCACGCCAUGCUGGCAAACUCGCACAACAGCCUGCAGUCUGGCCGGAUGCUCAAGUACGUUAACUGGACCGUCUUACUGCCGGAAAGCUUCCACGGGCCGUACAACUACAGUGCCCCGCCGCUGGCAAACAGGGGCCCAUCCUACAUGGGGACCGCCCUCACCGACCCGCGGGCGUCGCCCCUUCUGGUGCCCGACACGGCCCUACGGGCACUGCCCAAGGCCUACGUGCUGACCUCUGAGUAUGAUGUCCUGCGGGACGACGGCGUCAUGUACGUCACGCGGUUGCGGCAGGCCGGGGUGGACGUCACGCACCAGCACUACACCUCGGGUUUCCACGGUGCCUUCAUGUUCACCGUCUGGCCCACCGACUUCCAGAUCGGACGCCGCAUGGUGUGGAACUACAUCCACUGGCUGAAAGAGAACUUGUAGGCCCGGAAGACACUCCUGCUCCUGUCCUCAAAGCUUUCUUACAUUUGGGUUUCAGACUUUGGGAGAAGGAAUGUCGCUGGAUUUAGAGUUGAAUUGAUUGAGUUCUUCCUAUUGUCAGACCAUUGCCUGUUUCAGCAUAUGGGACCAAAAUACUAUGAAGGACUGAAUAAAUCAUAUGGAGGCACCAUUUUAAUUAACCAAAAAUGGGGGUGAUGGAAUUUGGAAGGGAUGAGUUUUGUUUAUGGGGGGGGGGUGCUUUGUAACUUUGUAUCAUCAGGUUUAAGUCUGUUUCUGAUCGAAUGUCUUUUACCUCAAGGGAAUAUAGAAAGUUGUGGGACAUCGAUUCUUCAUAUUUUCACACUUUGGAAGAUCAUAACAUACAAUUGCUCCCCCCUACCCCAGGAAUCCCAGCCAUAGAGUGAGACAGGCAGUGUGAUGGUAUAUCUGCAGUGAAGCUGUGGACUCAUGAUGGUAUAUCUGCAGUGAAGCUGUGGACUCAUGAUGGUAUAUCUGCAGUGAAGCUGUGGACUCGUGCAACAUGAGACGAUGGCAGAUGGGGGUCCCUGCAGCCUGCAGAAUGUGCAUGUUUUGGGGGGGGGGGGUUGUUGGUUAACAAAUCACAUGUGUUUCACUUACACAGGACCAGCUGCAGUUAUGCCUCCCUCACCACUGGAUUUCUGGUUUGCCCGGCGCUACGGAAGAGGCUGCGAAAGACAGUGAGGCCGAUCUGAGGAGGAGAGCCGCUGAUACCUGCUGACACGAAUGCACUAGUCAUGAAUCAGCCCCAAAUCGAGCAAAAGUCGUUGGCCAGCAAUAGGGGCCAAGUCACUCCGUUCACUCCUGAGUCACAUUUAAAGCGCAGCUGUCCAUCCUUCUGUUCCUUUUUUUUAAAUGUAUACUCCACAUGUGACAUUCUGCGGUAAUAAAUUCUGCCUGUUGGCAUCACUU